AUGAUCGCCUCCAAGUUUGCCUCUCUGUGUCUUUUGGUGACCUCGGUGUUGGCCUACCCAGCUGCUGUACGCAUGGGCGAUCGGGAUGCGGUGCAGAACUUCGAACGCUCGGAGCCAAUCUACUACUACACGUACCUCCCCGCAUUGCAGAGAAGGGAUCUCGAGACGCAAGAGUACACUGCAAGGGAUCUUGAGAUGCUGAAGAAGUACGUCGACUCGUUGGGCCUAGAGAAGAGGGGUCUUUUCAAGUCACUCACCUUCAAAAUGCCGAAGAUUGGAACAUCGCCAACCAUGUCCAACUCCCUUCCCGCACCCAAACCCAAAGUUUUAGCCCCGCCUCCGAAGGUCGAAGCUCCAGCACCAGCCAUACCAGCUCCCAAAAUCGAGGCACCAAAGCCCCCAACACCACCCGCACCUGCUCCAAAAGUUGAAGCGCCGUCAUCAAUCGUACCAGCUCCCAAAGUCGAACCUCCAGCACCAGUCGUACCCGCUCCCAAAGUCGAAGCACCAAAGCCUCCAGCACCGGCUUCGCCUCCUCCUCCCCCGCCUCCCCCGGUAAACAAUCCCCCGCCCAACGCUCCACCAGCUGCCGCCCCUCCGGCUCAAGCACCCGCUGAAGCGCCACAGUCUGGCGGUUGGGCACAGAAGAUUCAGGGGGGAGCUGAAACACUCAACGCAGGGAUGGGUUUAACUUCUUCUGUAAUGGAUUUAGUUACGGCAGACAAGAACUACGCCACCGUCAAGGUUCAAGCGGAGCAAGCUUCCCAGGCGUCCGAGUCCUCAUCGAGCGCUCAACCGGCCCCGACUGCAUAA